GUGUUAGUUGCCAGUAGCGCUCAGAGCAGCUAGCUCCAGCUGCUAUUAGAGGAGUGCCUGCAUCUCCUGAGGUCGCAAACUUCCAGGAGUUUGUUCUGCUCUCGCGCUUUUGGCGCCCUUGUGCAGGCUGUUGCUGUUGUGCACUCUGGUGAUCAGCGAGCGAGAGAGAUUGAGCUGUUAGUGCCCCCCCGCUAGAUUAGAGAUGGAUUUCUUGAGGAGGUGUUCUCGCUUGACGCGUUUUGAGGAGGAGUUAGUUGCUCAGAGUAGGAGAGUAGUGGAGGGAGCUUUUGCUCUCGGGGAGAGGAUCUCACUGCAGGUCUCCAGAGCCACCGGAGAUGCUGUUGUUGAUCGCUACCAGUCUAUCUUCUCUCCCACCUCUCCCUCGCACUCUUCUUCUCUUGCUACUAGCCAGGAUGACGAGGCCCUCGCAAGCAGCGCCCUUCUGCAGGAGCAGCACACUUGCGAGGAGACCUCUGAGACACAGGGACCUGAGCAGACCCAGACCUUUCCUUCCGAUCUGGUCCCCGUGUCCUUAUCCUCGGCUCUUCCUGGCUUGGCUGGCGCGCUCCCCUCGGUGCCUCCUCUUUCCAGCAGCCAGGACUCUGAUUGCAGCCCCCACCUCGCAAAGCAGCAGACUCUCAGAGAGGACACAUCAGAUGCGCAGGGACCUGUACAAAAACACACUGCUUUUGAUGACGCGGUCCCCGCUUCUCUGGAUUACGAGCUAGUUUCCUCUGAGCUGCGCGCCAGCGAUACCUUGUCCAGUCCGCUGCGUGAGCGGGCUCUGUGUGGGGCAACUGAGGGGGCACUGCCUGUGGUUGGGGGAGAGAAUUUUGAAGGGAAGGAGGGUUCAGGCAGUGGGUGGACUCAGGAGGUACUUUUGGCAGCGCCCAGCAGGGCAGCCUGCGGUGCUGAGAGGCUAGAGGGGGCUAAGGUGGAUCAGAGGGAUGGGGCUGCGGGUGCGCUUGUGUCAGGCAGUACAAUCCUUGAUCUCGACGCGCACUGCAUGACCAAGAUAUUCUCCCGCUUGGGAAACUCCUCCCUCCGGGCUUGCUCUCUGGUGUGUCGGCAGUGGCUCGAUGCUUCCAACUACGCCAGGAACACCCUGACUUUGCAAGGCCAGCCCCGGAUUGCCUUCCUUCCCAGGAUGCUCUCGCGCUUCUCCGACCUCCGCUUUGUUCAGCUCAUGGACUCUGGGAAGGGCUCAGAACUGCAGGGGACUGUGCCAAUUUGCCUUAGCGACGCCCUGCUGGCGCUGCUGGCGCAGAGCUGCCCCCAUCUCUUCCGCUUGACUCUGGUCCGCUGCGGGGUCGUCUCAGAUGCGGGGCUGGCUACUGUUCUGAGGUGUUGCCCAGAGCUGAGAACGCUGCGCAUGGAUCACUGCGAGGGGUUCAGCGGGGCAGCAUUUGAGGGGGUUCAGUGCGCGCUUGAGCAGCUCAACCUGCACUACUGCAGUGGGCUGACAGAUGCUGGGGUCGGGGCAGUGGCAUCGGCAUGCCCAACAUUGCGGGAGUUUACAGUCAGAAUGGAGGGGCAGGUUGCUGCUCUUGCCGCUGGCUUUGAGAAUGUGGCAUUGCUCUGCCCCAGCCUAGAAAAGCUUACUGCCAUAGCCUGCGGAAUUACGGAUACCACCCUGCGACGCUUUGCCGGGAACUGCCCCUUGCUGUCUGACAUUCGCAUCGCAAGCGAGCCGGGCAUCACCGAUGGCGGGAUUGUGAUCCUCCGAUGUCGCCUGGCGCGUCUUGACCAUCUCACUUUAGUCAACAACAGACAUCUAUGGCAGGUUCCGCGCAGCGGGCGAAUGCAAUUGAAGGACUUGGGCGUUGGCAAUUUGGAUCGCGCGACAGAUCAGAUGCUGCAGCGAAUUUCGGAGGAGAAGAGCUUGGAAGCGUUGCGCAUAGUUAGUUGCCCUGCUUUGACGGACGCCACUGUUAGAAAGAUUAUGUUCGGGUGCUGCCAACUUGAUCGUUUGCUUAUUGCAGACUGCGAGCUUGUAACCUCGGAGAUCCUAAAAGCUUAUAUAGAGAGUGGCAGCAAGGCGCGGGUAGAAAUACGAGGGUGUAAGGGCGUCAAGAGAGAGAUGUUGCCUAAAGAGGUGCGGCUCUCAGGCAAGAUAGUAAUUGGAUGAAAGCUUUGCUAUAUAGGUCAAGUACGAAAAAGCGUUUCGAUCUUGAAUAGGUGUUUAUAUCACAUACUGAUCCUAAUGGUUAGUGCAACGACCGUUGUAUGGGUUGUCCCUUGCUAGACGUUUCUUGACUCUAGCUAUAAUACAAUUAAUCUUAGCAGAACUGGAUUGACCGUUAGUGUCCCUUCUUGGCACAUCUUAUGCUAGCCUAGAAAUUAAUCGAUUGCGAACUUAAACAUUGUAGAAGUUUGUAGAAGUCACUUUCUUAGUACGAUCGUCACGUCAAAAAGGUUCAAUGGAGGUACAUUGCCAAUUAGGACUGAAUUUGUAUAUUCGUUAAUGAAGCUUAUGCGUAUUUGGCAGUGC